UAAAUUCUUGCUGUAGAUAAGAUAUUAUUUUGAUAUUGAAAUGCGCCAAAGACUUUAAUUCUGCCAAUUCGUGCACCAUCUUUUUGCCAUUCAAAAAGUUAGUCCAAAGCUACGUAGCUCAUUUUACCAAAUUUUACGAUUUUUGUGAGGCCUUCUCUCCUCUUUUUAGGAGUUUCUCGUCUUAAAGUUACAAAAUGAUUAAGGGUAAAAAAGCUUCUGUCAUGCAGAACUGUCUAUUCCAAAAAAAGGGUGCUGCCGCUUUUAUUAUUUUAGUUAUUUGUACUGUGACUGCGUGCACUGGACUCUAUUUGCACAAGAGCAUCCCUACUGUAGAAAAUACUCUACGAUUUGUAAGCGUCAUUCAUCGCCACGGUGAAAGAUCUCCACUUCAUUCUUAUCCGUUUGACCCUUACAAAGGAGAAUCUUAUUGGCCGGAAGGAUUGCGUGCUCUUUUACAGAAGGGUAAAGUGAACAUGUACAAGCUGGGAAAGUUUUUACGGCUUCGGUACGAUUCGUUGCUAUCUACCACUUAUAAACCAGCGGAGAUAUUCGUCUCAACUUUCUGCACCGAUCGUGUUAUAAUGAGCGGACAACUAGUUUUGGCAGGAUUGUACCCUCCAGUUGGGAUUCAAAUUUGGAAAACCGAUUUGCUCUGGCAACCGAUUCCGAUUCAUUCUAUGCCCGACUCUUGUGAUGAUAUGUUUCACGUAACCAAACGCUGCAAGUUAUUGUCAGACGAGACAAAGCAGAGAGAUUUGGUGAUUAAAAAAAAACUAGAAGACCAUCAGGAGUUUCUCGCCUACCUUUCAAAAUACACUGGGCUAGAUGUAAAAAAUGCCUCGCACUUGAGUGGUUUAUUCGAUAAUCUAUCAGUUGUGGAGCAACAGGGAUUAACUUUGCCACAGUGGACACGAGAUGUUUAUCCAAAGAAGCUGGAAUCUCUAGCCAACUUGGAGUUCAUGGAGCUAUUUAAAACACAGACCAUGAUAAAACUCGAAUCAGGUGUUUUAAUAAACGAAAUCGUGUCGAACAUGGUGCGAAAAACGGAUGCGUCCAAAAAUUUUGAGCGCAUGUUAAAUUUGUACCCCGCAUCCGAUCGAAUAUUGAUACGCUUAUGGCGAGGCUUGAAUAUGACCCAAGAAAUCACCAGCAAACCGUAUUAUGGAGCAGCUCUAUUUAUUGAACUGCAUGAAAUCGACAAGAAAUAUCGAGUUAAAAUUUUACACAAGAAGGGGACCACAGACGAUGAAUUAACAACUCUGAAAAUUCGGGGUUGUGAGGGUGGCUACGACUUGGAACAGGACGAGAUGUGCGAUCUGGAUGUCUUUUUAUCCGCGUUGGAGCCUAUGAUUAUCACUGACUUCGACAAAGCAUGUGAAAACUCAACAUAAAUUUGAGGAUUUUUUGUAGCCUUUAUUAUCGGUGUAUAUAAAUGUAAUGAUCGGAAGGUUUUAUGAAAUAAAUUUGUCCUUAAAAAUGUGUCUCUUCAAUAUAGUGUAGAGGAUGAAGAUAUUGGUUCCGUCCCUACAUUUUUCAACAGUUUUAACUUCCGCAAAAUGGGCAUAUUUA